AUGAGAUUUCAGGGCCUCGAUCUAGAGGCUUAUAAUCUACGUCCUUUCUACGGAGACUUCUUCGAGUGGUCGAUGGACUGCGAUGAGCAAGCAAGGAAGGGGCGGUUUCCCGACUUUAAUCCAAUGUAUUUUGAGAUUCACUUCAUCGUCAGCGAUGGAAAGGAACAAGAAGCGACUGCCCCGUCGUGGGCAAAAAUGGGUUACAUUCGACCUAACGGAAUUACAAUGCUUCGGGAAUCGAGUCACGAUACUGUCAGUGGCAGCCAAAUCAUGUUCUUGCAGGAUAAGCCGGGGAUCAAUCGAGCAAAGUCGUCUGGGGGCGUCGUUAAAUACUCUAUAAGCUGGGAUUUGGUUGGAGAAAAGAUACCAAUGCUGAAGAUGUCACGUCGUGACGAGACAAAGAUGUUAAGCUGUGUUCGUGGAAUAUCGCUGGAUGUGUGCCUCAAAGAAACGCAGUCGUCGUCGAAGCAAUAA